CCGCUCUCUCGGCGCAUUUCGAUGACAGCGCGGCUUUGGCGGAUGUGUGUCUGGCGUGUCAGCUGCUGUCGAGAUGCUGUCGAUCAGUUCAGCUGCCGCCGCCGUCAUCUGUGAGUGCGCUGAUCUGACCCGUUGAGGUGCGAGAAGGCCGGCAGGCGGGGCGGAGGGCAUCAAAGGUGACAGUACAUGCUGUUUCUGUGUGCUUAAUUCUGUCAGGUUCUGUCACUCAGUCGCAGAUCAUCGCUUUGAGAGUGAGUCCUUCUCUUCUGGGUGGCCAAGGAGUGACUCACGGGAAGGCGCUGACCGACAGGGUGUGUGAGGCAAAACGGCAGAUCAAUCUCUUUGAUGCUUUGACACACACACGUGCUGCCUGUGCUGCUGUGUGUCUGCAGAGCCAUUCGUUUGUCACGCCUGCCUGCUGGUGCCGGGCGUCUGAUAUCGUUUGAGGUGAGCAGAGCAGCCGCCCUUCCACGGCACGUGGCGUGGGCGUGUGGUGGUCGCCCUCUCCAUCGUCGACAGUGUCCGGUGUGCUAUGUGGCAGGCGGUGGCCAUGUGCUGAUUGACGAGUGGCGAUGUCUGAUGCGGUUCCCGAUGAGCUGUGGCGUCGGCGUAUUCUCCCCUCCCUCCUCGUCCAUGAGGUCGUCUGUGUGCGAGCCACCUGCCGGGCGAAGUCGGCUCUCGUGACGGCUGGUGUGCUGGUGGAGCGCAUCGACGGGUCCCUUGCCCGCCUGACACUCACCGGCCUCAUCGACAUCGACCGCACGGGCCCCCCUCUCAUUCACCUAUGUGCUGGGGGUGGCCUAUGUGCUGGAGCAGGGCAGCAGCCAGGAUUGGCGUCUCGUCGGUGUGGUUUUCAUCCGCCUGGCCGCCAUCUAUCGGCUGACACCGGCCAGUGGGCUGCCGCUGGUGCUGUCGGCUCAGUGGCUGAUGGCCAAUCUCCCCAGCAAGACGGCCUUCCAUCAGCUGCCGCUCGCCAUGGCCAUCUACCGCCUCUUCGGCCACAUGCUCACAUACAGGGGACAGAGCCUGGCGGUGCAGCAGGCCGGCAACGGUGCCUAUCGGAUCGGCAAUGUGUCGUUCCGUGUGGUGCCGUUGAGUGAGCUGCCCGUCAAUCAUGACUACACUGACGGCUACCAGACGACCGAUCCCGUCAUCCGCCAUGACACCUGUCUCUACCGCUCCUUCUCGUCAUCCCUGGUGGAAUCGCUGUUCAUCGAAUGGGGCUAUGAGGAGGGGGUGGGCGUCAGGUGGGUGCUGCAGGCUCGCAUCAACCAAAAUGACCCCCGCUAUCGCCCUUUGCUGACAGUAGCCAUCAGUGAGCAGCAGGGGGGCAUCGCUGUGGACUACCGCUACGACCGGGGCAAUCUGAAUGCCAACCCAGCUGACUGUCGUUAUGUGCUUGUGAGCGGCUUCCGACCCGAUGAGGUCGUCGCUGCUCAUCUGUCGGUGUAUGGCGGGUACAUCUAUCUGCACACGACCGAGCCAUCUGCUGCCAAUCGGCCUCAUCCGCUAGCCGACCGCUACCCCGUGUCGAUGCCCCGCUGACGUGCCGUCCUGCAGCAGUUCAACCUCGAGAAUGACGUCAUCAACAGAGGGAGGGUGGUGGGAUGAGGGGAUGAAGGACAGAUAUAUGUGUGUGUAGUUGAGGGGGGCUGAGUGUGAUGGGUUGAGUGGAAGUGGCUGAGGGCAUUCAUUGAUGGAAUGGAAUGGAAUGGAAUGGAUGUCAUCUCUUCCCUUAUCAAUGCGUGCGGACUAAUCUGCUGACUGUAUGAGAGUGUGUGAGUGAAACUUAGAUAGAUGACCGCACUCGCAUGGGAUGCCGACGACAUCAACGGAGGGACGGUGUACCACUGUGUCUGAUGUGUCCUGACUGUGUGUACGUCCAACUGACUGACAUAGAUUCAUUCAAAUAAUACGCGUGAUGUGA